AUGUCGUGCUUAAAGUUUAAUGUAUUAGUUUUUUUAUUUUACACAGAAGUUUUAUAUGUGAGAGGUUCUACAAGACAAAAUGAUCCAAUUAUUACUGUGAAAGAAGGCAAAGUUCGAGGCUCAGUCAGUACUCUUUUUGAUGGAUCUGUUUUCUACAGUUUUAAGGGAAUACCAUUCGCCUCCCCUCCAGUUGACGAUUUAAGGUUUAAGGCUCCUAUACCUCCAAGUUCAUGGACGGAUAUUCGUGAAGCGACUAAUUUUGGUCCUAUUUGCACACAAUAUACUAGUAAUGCUACAUAUCAAGGUACUCAAGGACAAGAAGACUGUUUAUAUCUCAAUGUUUAUACAAAAUCGUUAAACGAAAAUGCUAAAACUCCUGUUAUGGUAUUUAUUUAUGGAGGGUCGUUUACAGAAGGUUCUGCUAACACAUAUGGUCCAGAAUUUCUUAUUCAGCAUGAUAUUAUAUUGGUAACUUUUAACUACAGAUUAGAAGUCUUAGGGUUUUUAUCAUUAGAAACACCAGAAGUUCCUGGAAAUGCAGCUAUGAAAGACCAAGUAGCUGCAUUAAAGUGGGUUCAAAGUAAUAUUGCUAAAUUUGGAGGUGACCCUAAUAACGUUUCAAUUUUCGGAGAAAGUGCCGGAGCUCUGUGUGUUUUUCUUCACAUGCUGUCGCCAAUGUCCAAAGGUCUUUUUCAUAAAGCAAUUGCACAAAGUGGAACUUAUGAACUGGCAAAAACUACUGGUGCAAAAGAAAGAGCAUUCCGAGCUGGGAAGUUAUUAGGAAAAGACACGAGUGAUGUAAAUGAAUUGCUUUCCUUUUUUAGAAGCUUAAAUGCCGAUAAACUAACAAAUCUUACUAUCGCAACAUUUAAUGCAAAUGAAACAUAUAGAGGAUUAAUUGCAAAGUUUUUACCGGUUAUAGAAAAAAAGUUUUCUGGUGUACAAUCUUUUCUUGAUGAGGACCCAACAAAAUUAAUCCUUGCGGGUAAAUUGAACAGAGUGCCAUUUUUGUUAGGCUAUAAUUCUGGAGAAGGGAUAAUAAUAGUAAAUUAUCACAUCCCCCUACUAGAUAUUUACAACAACGAUCCAUCAUUAUACGUCCCUAAGGAGAUAUAUGAAAAGGUUUCUCAGAAACAAUUAUUAGAUUUUGGACGUAGAAUUAAGAAUUUUUACGUUAGUGGUAGGAAUAUAACCGACAAAGAUUUAAGUAUUAUCAGAGACAUACAUACUGAUAUUUUCUUCGCAUAUACUACUCAUAGAUUAGCGUAUUUAUACACUUCAUUGUGUGAAGGAACAUACAUGUAUAGAUUCGACUUAGUUACAGAAUUAAAUAUCAUUAAAUCUGCUCUUGGUCUAACAAAUUUAGGAGGUGUCAGCCAUAUUGAAGAUAUUUACUACAUUUUUAAUAAUAAUUUAAAUCAGGGACUUUACCAAGAAAAGCAAGAGCUAAGGGACGUCGUGUACAAAGUAACAAAGCUGUGGACAAAUUUCGCUAAAACUGGUCGUCCAACGCCUGACAAUAGUCUCGGGGCAAUGUGGCAGCCAUACACUACUUCCGGAAAAGAAUACUUUAAGAUUGACGAACCGUUCGCAUUGGAACAUUACGCUGAUCGAAACAGAAUGGAGUUCUGGAAUCAACUCUAUAAAGCAGCUGGUCUCUUGCACAUAUCGAAUAAA